CUUGCACAUCACCACCAUCAUCACCAUCACCGCCUCAUCAACCGUCACCAAAAAGUCUGCCCUCUGCAGCCACCGACGACGCAGCGGCAACUGAUCUCGCGCCACUGAUUCUGCGUGUCAUCUCACUCGCACCUUGUCAGUUCCUUCUUCGCCGCCGCCGCCGCGCCCUCGCCUGCCCGUUGCGCCCGAAGAAUCCACAUUCACGAUGGCGGCCGGCGACUCGAGCCGGAUCCAGGAGGCCCAGAAGCUGGCCAAGACGGAUCCUCGGCAGGCAGAGGCUAUCUACAAAGAUAUCACCUCCAAGGCGCCCCAGGCGACUUCCGAUGCCGCCACCAGAGAAUACGAGACGGCCUUGAUAAGCUUGGGCGAGCUCUACAGGGAUGAGAAGAAGACGCAACAAUUGGUAGACCUGGUGCGCGAGAGCCGCUCCGUCUUCUCGUCCUUUGCCAAGGCAAAGUCUUCCAAGUUGGUCCGGCAAUUGCUCGACCUCUUCAAGGACAUACCAAACAGCACCGACACCGAGGUAUACGUCACAAAAGACUGCAUCGAAUGGGCCACGGCCGAGCGCCGCGCCUUCCAGCGCCAGGACCUUGAGGUCCGCCUCGUUGCCCUCUACAUGACCAAGCAAUCCUACUACGACGCCCUGACCCUCAUCAACGGCCUCCUGCGUGAGCUCAAGCGCCUCGACGACAAGCUUCGCCUCGUCGAGGUUCAGCUCCUCGAGUCGAGGGUCUACCACGCUCUCGGCAACAUCCCUAAGGCCCGCGCCGCCCUCACCACCGCCCGGACGAGCGCCGCCAGUGUCUACACGCCGCCCAUGCUGCAAGCCAACCUCGACAUGCAGAGCGGUAUGCUCCACGCUGAAGACAAGGACUUCAACACGGCAUUCUCCUACUUCAUCGAGGCCCUGGACGGCUAUCACAGCCUCGACGAGAGCGCCAAGGCCCAGGCGGCCCUGCAGUACAUGCUGCUGUGCAAAAUCAUGCUCAACCUCGUCGACGACGUUAACCAGCUCAUGGCCUCCAAGCAGGCUGUCAAGUACGCGGGAAAGAACCUUGAGGCCAUGAAGGCCAUCGCCCGCGCGCACUCGAACCGCUCUCUCGAGGAGUACGAGCGCGCCCUGUCGUCGUACCGCUACGAGUUGGGCAGCGACGCCUUCAUCCGCAACCAUCUGCGGCGCCUCUACGACGCCAUGCUCGAGCAGAACCUCAUCAAGGUCAUUGAGCCCUUCUCCCGUGUUGAGAUUGACCACAUCGCCAAGAUGGUCGGCCUCGACACCCAGCAGGUCGAGCGCAAGCUGUCCCAAAUGAUACUCGACAAGGUCAUCAUCGGCGUCCUGGACCAGGGCGCGGGCUGCCUCAUCGUCUUUGACGAGGCGCAGCGCGACGAGUCGUACGACGCGGCCCUGGCCACCAUUGAGAAGUUGAGCAACGUCGUGGACGUGCUGUACACGAACCAGGCAUCCAUGCUCGAGUAGACGGACGGCGGGGAGCUUGGAGGGUCCCAGGGCGGUGGCGGGGGAAAGCGGGUGUCUUUUGUACUGUAUCAUGUAUGUCACCGGUAGAUAUGCGGCGUUGAACAAGGACUCACCCGACGAGCUGCGUGGCGUGGCGUGCAAACAGCUGCGCUGGUAUCUCAUCUUGUCUCUUUCGUGAG